UGUGGAGAGGUGCCCACCAGCCGGAGAGCCAGCGGAGACGGAGAGUCGGAGGUGGCCCGUGCCUGUGGCUACCCGUGACCGCCCGUGGCUCGCUGUAACUACUCGUCUCUUAUAACGUGACGCGGAGGUGCGUGUGGGUCCCGGGGUUCGUUCGCCCGUUACCUCUCUGUCGAGAGCACGGCCGACACCGCGCGUCCACCGGGAGCAUAGCAGCGCGCCGCGCGAGGUACUCUGCCGCCGCCGUCUCUCUUCCUCGCUCCUCUCCUCCUAUUCUCUCUUUCCCACCCUCUCUUUCUCUCGUUCCUUUUCUCGCGCUGUCUCUCUCCCUCUCGUGCACGCGAGUGUGAUCGGUACAGUGCGACCAGUGCGACGUGAUACGUUCUCGCUCGCGGAUCGUCCUUCGCCAUGCUCGCGCGAUAGGAUAGUAGAUGCCUCGCUACUACGGAGCGAGUCAUCGUUAAAAGACUGUCAGGAGUGCCUUAUACUACUUGAUUCCUCGGGUUGGCUCGUACGAGGCACGACGCGAUUACAUUCGCCGUCACGGCGGGAUCCCGAGACGGAGGAGAGGAGAGAAAGAGCGCCGCGGCGCACUGGACGACGACGACGAGCGACUCGGGGGAAACGUGAAGAGAUCGGUAUCGGUCGUGCACAACACGCAGUUCCCGAUAAUCCGCGGCGGCGUGUGAACAGGAGGGGUCCGCCGUAAGGAUGCUGUACGCUUUCGCGGAGAUCAAGAGGCCGCGAGUCCUAUCACGAGCAGUGCGCAGCAGCGCGACCAGCUGAGAAUGUCGGAGCAAAACGGGCCCAGCGAGGGCCCAGGACCAGGGCCCGGAUCGGACGGCGGCUGGUGGCCGUCCACGCAGACCUGGAAGUCAACGGCGGCCGUUUCGUCGAACUCGUCGACCUCCACUCCGGCGGCAGGUUCCUCGUCCGUCUCUGUUUCCUGCGCCAGCUCGUCCGCGACGAGCUCCUCCACCUCGACCAUCUCGUCCGCGACCUGUUGCCCCUCGUCUUGCAUCGGUGUAUCCUGCACGAUGAGCCCGACCCGUUCGACGGAGACGGAGAAAAACGUAUCCAUCACGACUAUUAACGUACCCCCCAGUCAAGAGAUGCACGAUGAUAAAGGAGUAUGUAAAUAUCUGGGAGGACAGAAUGGUGUGACGGUGUCGGUAGUAUCGACUUCCGUAUUGGGAUGUGGAAACACAAACGCCGUCCCGACAUCCGGGUUAUGCGCGAACGCUGGGCCGCACAACAUCGGGAUCGGCAUUCUGGCCGCGAACACGGCGGACAUCGACGAUCCCGAGGAUAGCGACGGCGAGAUCAGCAAAAUCGACUUCCGAGGCGUCAAUCUACGUUCAAAGAAGAAACGUGACGUGUCCGGUAACCAGAACGGCGACAAGAUUGGUGACGGGGACGUGAACGGUGACGGUGGUGGAUGCUGCGACGGCAAUGACAACUCACAACAGCAACCUGAGAGACCCAUGUCGUGGGAGGGGGAACUGUCGGACCAAGAAAUGUCUUCCAAUACGAUUACCGAUCAGGACGAUCAUAAAGAAAUCUCCAUGGAAGGGGUACAAGUGUGCAGCACGAGUCCCGAGCCUAUGGAGCAGAAGUUUCAGAUCAAAUCGGAGCCGGAUUUUCGAUCCAGCACGGGUUUCACAAUAGGAUCCUUUCACGACGCCGGGCUGCCCAUGACACACAAUCAACAAUUGCAGCAACAACAGCAACAACAGCGGGCUAUUGAGACUCUCGAACAGACUCAGCAAAACGAUCUACCACUUCUCGUAGGUAAACUCCUCGGCGGAUACAACAGUUCGACGCCUAAUCACAGUCCCGUUCUGAAUCCGCGGCAUCAUCUGACGAAACACAGUCACACCAGAUCGCAGGUGCCGUCGCCGGAUUCCGCCAUUCAUUCCGCUUAUAGCGUCUUCAGCUCGCCGACACAGAGUCCUCACGCGGCGCGACAUUCCGCCUUAGGCGCGGGCAGCCCGAUACCCUCCUCGUCGUUGUCGCUCUCCCGGCACAGCUUCAACAAUUCGACCUCCUCGCUGUCCCUCUCGCUGUCGCACUCGCUCUCGAGAAACAACUCGGACGCGUCCAGCAGCUGCUACAGCUACGGCUCGCUCAGCCCGCCCACUCAUUCACCCGUCCAGCAGCCGCGACAUCCGCACUCGCACUCGCAGCAUCAUCAGCAUCAGGUGGCGCAAGGUAGCCCGCUUCAUCUGCCGGCGUCAUCCGCAGUCACGGGUCAUCAUUACUCGUCCUCCUCUGUACCAGGGUCCGAGCUGUCCUCGGAUGGACAUGCGGCCACGGAGGAUCAGGAGGACUGUAGGAUACCGUCUGCGCCGUCUGGCAUCUCCACCAGGCAGCAACUGAUCAACAGCCCCUGCCCGAUCUGCGGCGACAAGAUAAGCGGUUUUCACUACGGCAUCUUCUCGUGCGAGUCGUGUAAGGGCUUCUUCAAGCGCACCGUCCAGAAUCGCAAGAACUAUGUGUGCCUUAGAGGCGCAGGUUGCCCGGUCACCGUGGCCACAAGGAAGAAGUGCCCAGCCUGCCGCUUCGACAAGUGCCUCAACAUGGGUAUGAAGCUCGAGGCGAUCAGGGAGGAUCGUACCAGAGGUGGUAGGAGCACUUAUCAAUGCACGUACACCUUACCGGCGAAUCUCGUUGGCAGUCCUGCCGGCGGUAUGACCGGCGAGAAGCUCACUACGGCCGGCAAUUGCAGUCCGGCGCCGGCUGGCAGCGAACACCAUUAUCCCGUUCGACAUCAUUCGAAUCAUUCUCACAAGAUGCAGGUGGUGCCGCAGCUCUUGCAAGAUAUCAUGGACGUGGAGCACCUCUGGCAUUACAACGACAACGACCGGAUAAGCGGUGGCGGUGUGUCCGCUGGAAACAUCGUGAGAAACUCCGCUGGUAGUGACGGUAUGUUACUCGGUGGGCCUGGAAGUGGGUCGACCGGCACUGCCGCCACUGGUAUCGGCGCCGGAGGCGCGGUGGAAUGCUCGUCGAACGAUUUCGGCAACGUCGACGCUAACAACAGAAGGGGAGACUCGGCGACUACGUGUCCUACCGGCGUCUCGCCCUCCGCCGGGGCGCCCGAUCAACGCUCCACGAACAGUAAUACCGCGAACAAUAGCAAUCCUCAGCUCGGCAGUAACUGCAGCAGCAAUUCGACGCAACACUCGGACUCGCAAGUGUCCAAUCUGUGCAACAUCGCGGAUCAUCGGCUCUACAAGAUAGUCAAGUGGUGCAAGAGUCUGCCGCUCUUCAAGAAUAUCUCGAUCGACGAUCAAAUUUGCCUGUUGAUCAACUCCUGGUGCGAAUUGCUACUUUUCUCAUGCUGCUUUCGCAGCAUGAGCACUCCCGGUGAGAUAAGAGUGUCUCUCGGCAAGUCGAUUACUCUAGAACAAGCGAGGCAGCUUGGUUUAGCGACCUGCAUCGAGAGGAUGCUCGCUUUCACCAACAAUCUGCGAAGGCUGAGAGUAGACCAGUACGAAUACGUCGCAAUGAAGGUGAUCGUGCUGUUAACCUCCGACACAAGCGAGCUAAAAGAGCCUGAGAAGGUCAGAGCUUCUCAGGAGAAAGCCCUUCAAGCACUGCAGCAGUAUACAAUCGCGAGGUAUCCGGAGAUGCCCGCUAAGUUUGGCGAAUUACUAUUGAGAAUUCCAGAUCUACAAAGAACAUGCCAAGUGGGGAAAGAAUUGCUCAGUGAAAAACGCGCCGAGGGCGAAGGCAGCUCGUUUAACCUUCUAAUGGAGUUGUUGAGGGGAGAUCACUAAAUUAUCAACGAAAUGAACAAUGCCAUUCCACGCUUAUAGGGUCCAUAAGCUUAGGGAAUCGGAUAUAAUAGAUAAUCGCAGAGUAAACUGAUUAGAGAAGAGAAAACGGCAGAUGUAAGGUCCAUAAUGACAUUAGCACUUGGUGAGGGGACUGCAUUCUUCGUAGGCUGUAUUUCGAAAUUGACUGUGCUGACAGUACUUUCAACUGCUUCUGCCGACGGAACAUGUAUCGCAAACGUUCAUUAACUACAUAUGUAUGUUAUAUAACUACUAUAUGUAGGCUAGGCUAUAGUUAUGAACGUAAGUGGCACCAUCAACAUUGUCAAUACUGUCAGCACUUUCGGAUCGCAGCCAUAAUUAGGGCGUAUCAGCCCGGUAAUAAUAAAAAGAACUUUCCUUUUACACCGGAAUACGCUUCCAUACAGGUCGUGCGUGUCGCAUUCCUGUUCUUUGUUUUUUUUCUUUUUUUUUUUAAACAAACGAAUUUCGAAGCGGCCUAUAUACGGUAUGGUAUGCUGAAACCGUAAAUUCAGUGUACAUGUAAAUGCAAAUGAGACUGAAAGUAUAAUUGACGGAGACACGAGAGCAUUUACUUUUACAAUGAUAAGCGAUGUAUAAUACGGAGAUGGUAUCAAACGGUAUCAAAAUGCUAAAAUUCUAUAAUAGUAGGCGAAUGUAAUCUAUUCGAGCGCGAGCUUUACAGUAGCAGGCGCGAUUCUAUCUAGACAGAGUUGACCUCUAAUAACGAUUAUAAUAGAACAACCAGUAUUUCGUAUCGUUCUGCGCUUACUUAAGAACAGAGCAUAGCCAUGCCUUAUAAUCCCGGUUAUGAAAGUGUACUUAAAACUUAAAACAUCAGUCGACCAAUUAUCUACUUAUAGAGCAGUUAAUCAUGGAAUAAUUAGUUAAUAUGCUUAGUUAGAAUAUCGUCCAUAGAAUACGUGGUUUCUAUCGAUCACACAAAAUACAUUUUUUAUUCUCUUUAUAUGUUUUAACAGCUCGCCAAUGGAAACGAAAAUUUUAUAAGUUUCAAUUGGCACGAACAUCGCAGAAAUUUCCUAGGUGAUGUCAGCAAUACGUAUAGCUGCUAUCUUUUCUGUAAAUAUGUCUUCUAGAGGAAAGAAUCGGCUGAUAUUGCUCUUCCGUUUUUUUUUUUUAAUAGAAAUUAUUUUAUAUAUUUUUAUUCUUAGGAAGGAAUAUGCAAAUUUUUAAAUAAUAAAUCGACCUAUACCCUCCUCAGUCUCGAGGGAAAAAUGUACUAUCUCCAGAUGCAUUUUGUAUUGUACUGUAUAAAAAAAAAAAGAAACAAAAAUUGACUAUAAAAAAUCAUGAGAUACAAAUAAAUACCAAAGUAGAUAUUUUUUCUAUUAUGGCAACUCGAAACUUUGUUCAGCUGGCUGCACAAAGGGACUAAGGAGGAUAUAUUGUUUACGCAUUUAUAAAUAUAUUAAAAAUAUAUAUUUUUUGCAUAUUAUAUACGAUCAAAGUAUAAUUUUGAGAAGAUAUUGGUUUGCGUUUCUUUCAAUAUAUUUGCUGGGAAACUUUUAUUAAAUUUUAUACUUUGUUAAAUUUUAUGCUAAUAUCGAUAAGAACAUAUUUAUUAUCUGUAAUGACCUUAAAGCUAUUAAAAUUAGCCAGUUUGUCAAUAUUAAUUAUAAUUUUAUUGUUAAUUAUUAUUUUAUUUUCGGACAUUUUCUGGAACAAUAUGAACUAUUAAAGCUCAUGACUAUUCGCUACAACUGUUUUUGUUUGAUAAUGUCAGAAGCGAAGAAACGUAUGUCCAAAAUUCUUGCGUUUAUAUGUUCAAAGAAAAGAAUAUAGCCGCAAAAUGACAUUUUUGACUCAUACAAUCAAUAAAUAGUUGUAAAAUUAACUUGAUAUGGAACUUCUCUUGCUAACCUCUUUUCUUAUGAUUUUGUCAAUGUUAAUUUUACGACGAUUUCGUCAAUGUUAAUUUUACGACUAUUUAUUGAUUGUUGAUAUUUUAUUGAUAUAUCUUUUUUAUUUCAAUAAUUUGUUUGUGUGAUGCAAAAAUUCUCGGUAUGCGUUUUCUCGCUUCUGACGUCAUCAAACAAAGACAAUCGCGAAUAGUCGAAUAGUCGAAAGCCUUAAUUAUAAUUUUACUGUUAAUUAUUAUUUUAUUUUCAAACAUCUCUCUCGGACACAAUAUGGACCAUUAAUACAUACUGUUAUUAGAGAAAAUGUGAUUUUAAAAAGCUCGAUUUGUCUAUAGAAUUUUUGUUAAAUUCGCAUACGCGAUAUAAUAUUGAUUCUUUUUUAUCGUAUGCGUGGAGAAUAUAUCAUGAGACAUUUGCAAUUACGAAAAUGAGAAUGCUUAUUUUGAAAGAAAUGCAUUAUAAAUGUAACUUGAAAGAUGCAGCUAUAAGCUUGCGCGUGAAACGAACACAUUGAUCUCUGUCGUUGGUACUUUAAUGAGACUGUCAUAUAUUAGCACAUUGUUCUUUUUACUACAGUCGCUUAGUAUCUUUUUGUUUGUUGACAAUGACCUGUGGAAAAUAUCUAAGGGAUAUCCUGAGGCACUUAAAAAUACUUGCUGAUUCGCAAUACUUAAUAUAAAGAUAACUUAUAAGAACACCGUCUUCCCACAAUUUCUACCUAUUUUAUUAGAAAAUAACUUAUCAUCCCCUCGAUGUAUAUGCGCACACAUAUCAUUCGCGAAACUACCAAGAAUAUAAUUUCCUUUCCAAAAACUCAUUAGAAACAUUUGUAAAAUACUGAGGUCGCCGAUAAUAGCCUGUACAUCUCAUCAUACACAAUAAUAGCGAUAAUGUAACAAAAACAAAACGUUAGCCAGUAUUUUGGAUGACUCAUUAUCGGAUUGGUAUUAAAAUGUUUCAAAGCAGAUGCUUAGUUUGAUUAUAUUUACUUAUAGAUGCAACGAAAGUAACGCUGUAAAUAUAAAGAGAAAGAAUCAUAUUUUGUUGUGACGAGUGCGUGUGCGGAAUGCGUGUGAGGCAGAAACGAGAGCGGAGGAAAGAAAGAGCGAGAGAAAGCGAGAGCGUGCGAUGAAUGAUGAUACACUUGUAAUAAAGCAUAUAAAAGUCGACUUAAGCGAAGUAGAAUUACAAGAAGAUAAAUAUUUGCCUGUUAAAAACAAAGUGACUAUUCUAUGUUUAUGUUUGACAAAAGCUAUUUCUAUAUACUUUUUAACGAGACACUUCUGCUGUAGCUCAGUGAUAUAAUUGUCCUCAUUUGUGUGUGGUGACACGCGAUAAAAGAACCUGCUUGAUUUUGUUGUGUGCGAGAAAAGCUAGCCCGUAGAGAGACACUCCUACUCUAAUCGCGACGAUUCAGUUUUUUUUUUUCCCAACAACUAUCAUCAAGAAAGGAUACUACUCAAUGGAUAUAGUCUUCCGUUUACGGUGUAACACGAUGUCGUCGCGAGUGACGAUACUCCGCGUUUGUUAUAUAACAAUUACGAAGAUUCGACGAGAAAUCUUUUUGCCAAUCAUGACAAUAUUCGGAGGAAGCUGUGCGAAAACGAAUCGGAUAAUAUAUACGAUAUACGAAGAGCUUAAAUACGACAGACUGCAAUGACAAUUAUAUUAUAUAAAUAAAUAUAUAUAUAUAUAUAUAUAUAUAUAUAUAAAUAUAUAUAUAUACAGAGAUGUACACGUUGUAAGAAAGAAGGUUGUAAGUAUAAACGGCAAGGGUAACACCGGACGUAAGGGCCAAACAGCAGUGUAAUAUUAAACAGACCGUAUCCUAGAGAUAAUAUUGUGGAUACUCAACGUAUAGUAUUUCUUAUCGAUAUAUUAUUGAAUAUACAGAGCGAGAAAUUUUAUCAGGGGGAAACGAAAGAGGAUACCGUCGGAGUUCUUACUCGUCAACUAGCUCGGCAGUCCCGCGAAAAUCGCACGACUCGAUAUUGUUAGAAUAAACGUGCUCUCGCUCGGCGUAUGAUAAUUUACGCUUCACGUAACGAACGAAUAAUUCGUCACAUGCCAGACGAGAGACGAUUUUGCUUGUGAACAUGUGUGAACAGUGAGAAACGCAUUCGGCAUCAAGCUACUUCGAACACUACUGAUCUAGUUGAAUCGCGACAGAAAAAGACAAGCCCGUGACACGUUACUGCUGAGAAUAUUUCGUUCCCGAUGUAGAGGAGGAUAGCUAUUCACACGAACACAAUUAGAAAGUAGUUUUAUACAUACAACACGAAUUAUCAUUACGAAAUAAAA